AAAUGCUUGAUGAAAUGAGUGAAAAUAAUCCAGAAGGCUAUAAGAGUUUCGUUAAUACAAACGUAAAAAAAGGCUUUGAAAAUUUAAAAUAAGAAAAAGAAGCAAAAAUGGAAAAAUUAAAAGUUAAAGUUGAACCAAUUUUAUUAUUAAAAAUGUAAGCGAAAUUAGAUUAAUAAAAAUUAAAAAAAGAAGAAGAUUAAAAUCCAGUUUUAGAAGUAAAAAAAACUAAAAAAUUAAAAAAAAUUAAAUAAAUUAAAAAGAAAAUAAAAGGUAUAAAUAAAUAAACAUAAAUACCAAAAUUAGAAGAAAUAAAAAAAAAAUUUGAUAAAGAAGUUAAAAUAUACAUAAAUUUAAUGGCUUCGGAAAGGGUAAAAGCACCAUUAAAUGAAAAUGGUAAUGAAAUAAAAGAAUUAUCGAAAAGUAUUUAUUAAAUGAAAAUAAUUCCAUAUUCAGUUCAAAAGCCAGAAGAAAGAAAAAGUAAUUCCUUAGGAAAUAAAAUUUAUUUUUAUAAUUUUGUUAUGAAUGAUACUUUUUGCAAAUUUAUGGGUUCUUAAAUUGCUUUAGGAGAUUAAUUAAUAAAUUUUAUAAUAGAAAAAAUGCAAUAAGAAAUUUUAUUUAAAGUAAAUCCAUUACUAAAUAAUUAUAAUUUCUAAGACUAUGAGGAUAUUCUUUAUUAUAAAAUUGAAAAAUUAUCAAUAGUAAAGCAUAAGAAGAAAAAAUUUAAAUUAUAAAACGGAAAAAACGAUAUUCCUUUAAUUUUUUUAGACCUAGAAGUUGAUAAAGAAUAAGAAAUAGAAAAGUAAAUUCAAAAAUAAAAAGAAGAGAUAAUUUAUAAAUAAUAAUAAGAUUAACCUUAAAAAGAACAAAUACUAGAAGGACUCAAAAUAGUUGAUAAAUAAAAUGUUUCUAUUUCAUAGAAAAGCAAUAAAAAAAUUUUGAUUGAAGAAAUUUCAAAUAAUUCUAUUACUUCGUAAGAUGAUCCUAAUAUCAAUAAAACUAUUGUAAAUAAAUAAAAUAAUUAAAUCGAAAAACCUUCAUAUGUUUUAAAAGAAGAUGCCCAAAGUAUUCUUAUUCAAAUUCUACUACCUAAAGUUGAUGAUUUUGGAGAUAUUGCGCUUGAUAUAUCAGAACUUAUAGUUAAGCUUGAAAUACUUUUUACAUACAAGUUAGAAAUUAAUCUUCCAAGUAAGAUUAAUAUUGAAAAAAGUAUACCAAAAUGGAAUAAAAAAACUAAAACUUUAAAAUUAAUAUUGAAUAAAUGA